AUGGCCAUUGGGUGUCGUGUGAAAAAGUGUUGGGCCCUCAAAGUCUCCACCAGAGGGCGCCUUCUGGGCCUAUUUGGCCUGUUUGGCCUUUGUACGAUAUUGUCUCUUUGCACAUUUUUCGUCUCCACGCCUGCCGCCGAGGAAUGGACGAGGGGUAUUUUGCGGGGUGGCAGCCUCGGGCCCUUUCCCACGCAGCUCCUGCAGCGCGGCCCAGGCGGUGGGACCAUCCUGCGUGCCCGCCCACGGAGCGGGGAGCCGGUUCUGCAACUCAGCCACCUAGGCAAUUUCUGCGCCGCGUACGCCCCCGAACUGACGAGGAACCCGCCAAGCCGCAAUUACCUCACAACCCUUCCUCGGACGAGUGCGAAGAAUAAUGAAAGUCGUCUGCCGCCAUACCCGCUCAUUGCAAAACCAGUGUGCUUUCGGCACGAUGUGUUGUACAUCGAAGGGGAUUGUUGCCAGAAAACCAGAAAGAGCGCGGAAUCGUCUUUUUUUCUUCGCCCCCACUGGUCGCAUUUAACCAACGCCGUCUUGCGGGACAUGCAGAACGACGCAUCUAUUACAAGCAUUGCAUUCGUGCCAGCGAUAGGAAUUAUUCCGCUGAACCGCCACUCCAUUGGCCAGCUGUAUCACGAAAUUAAUGACUUGGUGAAGGAAGUAAUGAGUAUCAUGACGGAGGUGGAUGUCACAACUUCCACGUGGAAGUACAGUGAGAUUGGGAAGUUGCCUACACAAUUCUUGAUUAUCCCACAUCGGAGGCUGCUGUGGCCGCGAGCGGUGAUGCGAAGCGCGUUGCCGGUGACAGCACGCUUCCUGGGUGCCUUUGGCUACCCAACGGCGCCCUCGCGCUACUUCUUUGAUGAUGCACCAGUGCUGUACAACAACACCGUCUACUGCACCUGUCAGGCCAUUUUGGCCGGCGAGGUGCCGUCGGAUGGGACAUUUCAGCAAAAGUCUGUUGCAGUUCGUCUUGCCGCCGAUAUGCUGCUUCGAUACUUUAACGAGACGCCGUACGAGUCCAAACAAGAUGUGGUUGCCGAUACGGAAACGGCGACAGCUGUACCUUUACCUAUCCUGCGCCGACUCAGUCAUGUUCGGCACAUUGCACGGCGGUUUUGGACGUCAGAGUUAGAAGCGAUGGGGGAAAGCAGCAACAAUGAAAGUAGUGAAGUGCCCGCGCAUCCCCCUGUCUAUCGCCCCAGACUACUGCUCAUCAACCGCAAGCAUCGUGGGAUUUACAACUACACUGCCGUGGUUGCAGUGGCGGAACGAGUUGGAUUUAACGUGCAGGUGGUAUACCUGGAGCGGAUGUCGCUGGAGGAGCAGUUCCAUGUCGGUCGUCACGCCGACGUCAUGAUGGGCCUGCACGGUAUGGGACUGACGCACGUCCUGUGGAUGGACGGACGCCGUCGAAACCGCUGCCGGGCGCUGUUGGAGCUGAUGCCUUUCGGUUGCCCGCAAAAGCUGCUACACUUUUACAAGUCGUAUUCCGAUUACGUCGGUGUCUGGUACGAAAACAUUGAGGCUGUUGAUAUGUAUUUGGCCGGCACUAAGAAUUCCGCGCGCUCGGCGAAGCGAGAGAAGCUGGAGCUCGAUGCAGUUAAGGAGCAACUGCGUUCCUGCGCCUUCAAUUACAGGUACCGGGGGUUUGUCGAUCAGAUUGCCGUGUAUAACAUGUCUGUCGUCGAGUCCAGACUGAUGGCCGCGUUUGCUAGGUUAAAGAAAUGCGGUGUGGACUAA